UAACCAGGGCGACAGGGGUUGGGGCGGCCGCGCGCUCCCGGCUCUGGGAGUCUCGCCGCCGCUGAACGGCCGCGUUGGGGGCGCGGCGCCGGGUCCGGGCGGCCGCAGAUUGGAGAUGGAGGAGCCACAGGGCAUUUUCGCCACUGACGGUGGCUGCGUCGGUGCCGCGGUCACAGAAAAGCGCCUGGUUGAAUCUAAGGAGCCCGUGUCCCACGUUCAGCUUGCGUGUGGCCCCCAGUACUGCGCUUUCCCGCUGGACGGGGAGGACCUCUGCCUGUGGAGCACCACGGACCCCUCCCAGCAGCCUCUGAUCCUAAGAGGACACCGUCAGCCGGUCACCGCUUUGACAUUCGGAAAUGCGGUGAACCCGCUUCUCAUCUGCUCUGCGUCACAAGAUUACGUCAUAAUGUGGAGUCUGGAUGAGUGCAGACAGAGAGCACUUCUAGGGCAGACUCCUCGGGGGCUCGUCCUGGGCACCCUCCUGGGGAAGGUGCUGUAUCUGAGGCUGAGCCCGGACGAUCGAGCGGCUGCGGUGUGUGCUGCGAACAGAAUCUUCCUGCUGGACACCGAGCGCCCGUCUAUACUAGCUGUGCUGGAGGGCCACCGGGGCCCCGUGACCGCAGCCGAGUUCUGUCCGUGGCAAACACAUAUCAGCGUUUCGGUGUCUGACGACAGAAGCUUUAAGGUCUGGGACCACCGGGCGGGAUCAUCGCUGUAUAGCUCAGCAGUGCUGACAGCUGCCCCGCUCCUGAGGCUCCUCAUGGAUGAGAAGAGUGAGCAGCUGGUGCUGGGCUGUGCGGACGGCCAGGUGAAGGGACCACGGGCCGAACUCCGGUUCCACGUGGACGUCCGCAGGGGGCUCUGCUCCCCCACUCGCGCGCAUCCUUUCUGGUGUGAAGAGGCCCUCGACCCGGCAGCUGGGCUGCUCCUUCUGGGGGCUCACGCGUGCCCACCACGGCCGGCGAAGGGCCAGCUUUAUACAUUUGCUCUCCUGCCGCUUUGUCUGCCUAGUGGCUGCGUCCUGCCCACGUCUCCGCUGCGCUUCAGGACCGCGGGGGAGCCCGGGACCGCGCCGGCGCCGCAGCCACAGCCGGUGGUGUGGAGCACCGUUCGGGACCAGCCCCUGGUUUUCCACAGCAAAGUGAGGUCGUCUGGGUACCUGACCGCCCCGCACGUAGCGACGUUCUCACCGAAGACCAGCAGCAGGAGUGGCGGCGGCGGCCCUUCACGACGCGGGAGCCACCACGGCGGUGAGGAGGACCGUUGGGAGAGUCGCCCGCCAGCCAGGCUCGGCGGGCAGCGGGUCCUCGCCCUCGGGCCGGCCGCCGUGCGCUGCGCACUGUUCUCAGGUUUCAUGCGGCAGGAUCGUGCCGCGCGGCACCCGUCCUCUGGCUUCUCCCCGGUUGUUCUCUCGGUGCUGGGCCGGGCCGCCGUGGUGGCCGCCAUCCAUGUUUCUUGCAGCCGGGGGCCGGGGAGACUUGGCUGCGUCCUGCAGGCCACAGCAGCCGGGCGCAUGGCAGGGCUGUCCGGGAGUCGUGGCGAGCCUCGCCUUCUCCAGCAGAGAUACAAACAGAAGAGCAGGUGCAAACCUGCUUUUAGGCUUCCUACGACCGGGCCAACUGAGAUCACCAGUUUAUCCGCCGUGAAUGACUUCUAUUCCUACCUGGUGCUCGCGGCGGGCCGGAACAGGACCCUGGAGGUGUUCGACCUCAACGCGGGCCGCAGUGCAGCUGUGGUCGCGGAAGCCCACUCGCGGCCCGUCCCCCAGAUCUGUCAGAACAAGGGAUCAUCGUUCACGACCCAACAGUGUCAGUCCUAUAACCUUUUUGCCACCACAGCCGCUGGCGGCGGGAUAAAGCUGUGGGACCUGAGAACCCUGAGAUGUGAGCGCCGCUUUGAAGGUCACCCGAGCCACGGGUACCCGUGUGGGAUUGCUUUUAGCCCUUGUGGACGCUACGUGGCUUCCGGCGCUGAGGAGAGACACGCGUACGUGUACGAGAUGGGCUCCAGCACGUUUUCCCACAGACUGGCCGGACACACGGACACCGUCACCGAUGUGGCCUUUAGCCCGUCAGCCCCCCAGGAAAGAGUCGGGUGCAGGGAGAGGACCGCAAAAUUUAACGAAGCCGGUCUAAUUAGGAGAAGAGAUGAAAACAGCAUUCCAUCAGCUUCACAUCCAUCAUACGGAGAAAGCGUGUGGUCUUGGAUUAAGUGGUGGAGGGUUUAUACGUGGAGACUGGGAACAUUUGAGAAGAUCUUUUACAGACGGCGGCCAGAAAAAUACAUGAGGUCCUUGGAAGCAGAGCCCAAAGUCCAAGUGAUCCUACCCGAGCCGGUAACAGGAAACAUGAAAAUAAUUUCCUACACACAACGCCUUUCAGUAUUUCUCAUGCAAAAGUCACUCGCAUUGCCUGCCUUGUGCUCUCCUUGCUCAGUGUCUGAGUUAGAUAAUUCACAACUACGCCCCGCUGCGGGAUUUGGGGCUCACUUUCAGGGUCUGUUGUCAAGACAUCUGUAUCUAAUAAUGUAUUUGUACUUGUACCUACAACUUUGGUUUUUCUUUCCAGGGAGGAGAAACCUUGAGGCUUAA